UCGCGAGAGGACGGUGGGCUGAUGGCACUGGGUGUAUUGUUUGAUACUUUUACUAGCCGUGUAGUGCGGCAGAGGUAAGGUAACUGGAGUAAUAAUGGGUCUCCUCUCCAUAAGUGUUGGACCUUUUCGGAACCGGGUCCGGUCGUGGAGCAGAGACUUAUCCACAAUUUCAUCCACUUUUCGCAACAGCAGGACGUUUACGUCGAAAUCAUCACUGAUCCAAAGGAGAUGUGGAGGAUUAUAUCAACACAGUUUCCCACUAACCCGAUGCCUGAGCUCAAACAAACCACCAAGGGGUUUUGAGAAAUUUUUCCCAAAGAGUGAAGAACGCUCAGGAGUCAACAAAUCUGCUGAAGAAAACACCAAAGACCCAGAAUCUCUCGUGAGUGAAAGACAGAACACAAAUGACGACGGGGACGAAAGACAAAGAGAGGGAAAGAAGGAGGAAGGGUAUUCAUGGACACGCUUUCAGGAGGAUUUCCCCUUGGAUGCAAAAGUGGUGCGUAACAUUGCAAUAGGAGCAGCAGGCAUGACUUCAGCUUUCUUGUAUUUCUACUUCCGGGAGACAGGAGUCCAGAUCUCCUGGAAGGACUUUGUGCAUCACUACUUGAACAGAGGCUUGGUGGAUCACCUGGAGGUUGUCAACAAACAAUAUGUCAAAGUGAUUCCUUCCCGGGGAGUCAAGUCCUCAGACGUGAGCUUCUUGUGGUUCAACAUUGGCAGUGUGGACUCAUUUGAGCAUAACCUUGAGAUGGCCCAGCAAGAUUUGGGUGUAGAGCCUACACACAAAGUCCCUGUUUUCUACAGCAGUGAGAGUGACGGGACUCUCCUCUUAAGUGUUAUCCCGACAUUACUACUGGUCGGCUUUUUGCUUUUUGCCUCGCGGCAGGGGCCAAUGUCGGGAGGCCGUGGAGGGAAGGGCCGAGGAAACCCCUUUAGCAUGAGUGAAUCCAAAGCCAAGGUCAUAACAGACAAUAUCAGUGUCCGAUUCAAAGAUGUGGCCGGCUGUGAGGAGGCCAAACUGGAGAUUUUAGAGUUUGUCAACUACUUGAAGAAUCCUCAGCAGUAUAAGGAACUAGGAGCAAAGAUCCCAAAGGGAGCAGUGUUAUCGGGUCCUCCUGGCACUGGCAAAACCUUGCUAGCCAAAGCCACAGCAGGAGAAGCCAACGUCCCCUUCAUCACUGUCAACGGCUCAGAGUUCCAGGAAAUGUUCGUGGGUGUGGGACCAGCAAGGAUAAGAGAUAUGUUUGCCACAGCUCGUAAAAAUGCCCCCUGCAUCCUUUUCAUCGAUGAGAUUGACGCUGUGGGCAGAAAAAGAGGCAGAGGGGACUUUGGUAACCAGAGCGAGCAGGAAAACACCCUCAACCAGCUGCUAGUGGAAAUGGAUGGUUUCAACACUAGCACUAACGUAGUUGUUUUAGCCGGCACCAACAGAGCUGAUAUCCUGGAUCCAGCUUUGAUGAGGCCCGGGCGAUUCGAUAGACAUAUAUACAUAGGUCCACCAGAUAUCAAAGGCCGAGCGUCCAUCUUUAAGGUGCAUUUAGGACCUUUGAAGCUGGACUCCAAUAUAGCAGAAGAGGCUUUGGCCAGGAAGCUAGCUGCACUAACCCCAGGUUUUACUGGGGCUGAUAUUGCUAAUGUAUGUAAUGAAGCUGCUCUGAUCGCUGCACGUCACCUCCACCAACAUAUAAUCACUAAGCACUUUGAGCAGGCAGUGGACAGAGUUAUCGGAGGUCUGGAGAAAAAGUCUCAGGUACUUCAGCUUCCAGAGAAGACCACUGUUGCGUACCAUGAAGCCGGGCAUGCUGUUGUGGGCUGGUUCCUAGAACACGCAGACCCUUUACUGAAGGUGUCCAUUGUUCCCAGAGGUAAAGGUCUGGGUUAUGCGCAGUAUCUGCCUAAAGAACAGUACUUGUUUAACCAGGAGCAGCUGUUUGACAGAAUGUGCAUGAUGCUGGGAGGUCGAGUGGCUGAGCAGGUUUUCUUUCGCCGAAUCACCACCGGAGCUCAUGAUGACCUCAGGAAAGUGACACAGUCUGCAUAUGCACAGGUUGUACAGUUUGGAAUGAAUGAUGCAGUGGGUCAGAUGUCCUUUGACCUCCCUCAGCAGGGGGAUAUGGUUACAGAGAAACCUUUCAGUGAAUCUACAGCUCAAUUCAUAGACCAGGAGGUCCGUCUACUUAUUGAUGAUGCCUUCCAGAGAACGCUUCAGCUCGUCACCGAUAAGAAGGACAUGGUGGAGAAGGUGGCAAAACGUCUUUUAGAAAAAGAGAUUUUAGACAAAGCCGACAUGGUGGAGCUGCUAGGAACUCGUCCCUUUCAUGAGAAGUCAUCGUAUGAGGAGUUUGUUGAUGGAACGGGGGACUUGGAGGAGGACACGUCUCUACCUGAAGGACUGAAAGGCUGGAACAAGAACAUAGGUGAAGAAAAGCGCAUGCAGGAUCAGCCAAAUAAAUCAGCUGUGUACCUGUAGGUGGACUUGAGCUGAAAGAAAUAUUCCAUUGGAUCCAGGUUAGUGUUCCUCGUGUGCAACACAAUCUGGUCCAGACUGCAGCCUUUCUGGGCUUUGAAAAAAACCUUGUUCAUCUCAAUGACAGCUGCAAAGGGAAAUCUUGUGAUCUGCUGCAUCGGGUCUAUAACAGCCAAAAAAGUGAUAUUUGUUCUGAUUGUUUGAGUGUUUGUAGCCUGCAUUUUACUGGAGAAGCCUUUCUUCCACAUUCUGUGCCGUCCUUUGCUGCAAUGACAUCAGGGCUGAAACUGGAAACCUUUUUUUAUUUUUGUAAAUCUGCUGACUGUUUUCAAGAUUAUGAAAACUUUUUAAACUAUUUCAAAUUUAGUGAAAAAAAAAUUCUAAGAAGCUAAGAUCUUCUUCAAAAUACUGCUUUUAUCCCUACACAAGUCAAAAUCUCAUAGGCUCUUGACAGAAAAAAUAGACUUACUCUAAGGCUUAAUAUCCUUAUACAACUUUCCUAAAUUCCAACAUAAAAGUCAUCACUUUUUGGAAAUUUAAAAACGUUUUUACCUUCUAAGAAUGCUACAGGUCCUGACCACCCUAUGGUCCUGUGAGUAGCUGAAUACUAUAAAUGCACUUGAGUGAGGAACCAGGUUUUUUGCUUUGGCUGUGCCUGUGAUUAUUUUAGAGCUGUCUCCAGCUGUAUGGACUCUUUCACAUUACUUGUACAAUGUAUCUCAACUUAUAUUAAUACACCUUUAUUUUAUUAUGUCCUCAAACUGGUUCUCAUGCAUACAAACCAGUAAAGGCAGCUGUUAGAACUAAGGGUUUGCUUGAAGGUGCAUAUGUGAGAAAUGUUGCUAAUAUAAAAGGAUCUUAUGUACUGUAGUUUUCUGUUACUCUUUAUUCAGGACUCAAGCUUUUACUCUAAAACAGAUUUUUAACUCUUCACUCACUCAAACUACCUCGCCCUCUCUCUACUCUGAGCUCCCUCUUUAAAACAGUUUUUCUGUCCAUUAUGAAAUGACUUCUAUGCUGACACUUUGUAUGCUUCACUGCAGUAUAUCUGGAUAAAUAAGGGCUGAGUAAGGGCUUAAAGAAAAGUGAGGAUUAAACAGCUUUUCUUCCAACGGAUUAGGUUUUCUUAAAUCCUCUCAUAUUUAGUGAAAUGACUAUAAAUUUUGAUGUUUAGAAAAGUAUCCCUUCAGCCUAUUGUAGCUUGCUUAUAGUGAAAUGUCUCCUGAUUGUGAACCAAGAAAGCAGCAAUCCCAUCUCAUGGUUACGAGAACUACACCUAGAAACGCUGUUAGCAUUACACAAUUAGUCUGUUGGGUGUUUAAAGCAUUUGCUCCUGAGAUGAGUUAACAGAUUUAAUAUGAAAUAUACUUGAACUAUUAAUGCCUUGCAGUAUGAAUAAGACUGUUAUCAGGAUUUUCUGGUUUAAAGGGCCCUGACCAGCAGACACUGGAACAUUUUUGUCUUUCAGAUUAAAGAAUAACAUAAAUGAAAAUGAGCAGGCAGGUUGUAUAUAAAGGAAAUGUGUGUUUAAUGCCUGCUUGGCAAUCCCCUUUUUAUUGUUUUUGUUUGAUGAAUAUUUCUUUUUACAUGAUGUAAUGAUUGUUUAUUUUACAUUGUGAUUUCAAGAUUGACGAAGCUACCUAAAUGUGAGGCUGUUGUGACUCACACCAAUAAUAAAAUGUUUUUAUACCACA